UUAAUUAAAAAAUGACAGCACAUGUCAUGUGUUCAAAAAAAUAUUGAAAUCAAGUUCAAAUUUGAAUUAGUUUUUGAUUUUAUAUCUUCAUUCUCCAUCAGAAAUAGUAAAGUAUAAAUUACUAAUCAAGGAAUGCCCGAGAUGUCUCUUAAGGACUCCAUAAUGACUUCACUUAAUGCUCAAGAGCCAUGGCCCGACAAUGUCAAGCUAUUUCAACCAUAUGAAGUGGAACAAAUUUUGCUACCUGAUAAUGCUAGUUGCCUUGCGGUUCAAGCAUUUUUAAAGAUGUGCAACCUUCCAUUUGAAGUUGAGAUGCGUUGGAAUGCGGAAUUUAUGUCACCGUCCGGCCGAGUACCGUUUAUAAAGUGCGGUGCAUUUGUUGUGUCUGAAUUGGAACCUAUUGUGCAGUUUGCGGCUAAUAAAGGUGUAUCAUUAUGUGGUCGUUUGACUACUGAGGAAAAGGCUGAGAUGAGAGCAUACAUGAGUCUUAUCACGAAUGUCCUCGUUAAUGCUGAGCUGUACAUAUCAUGGGUGGAUAAUGAUACAUUUAAUGCGGUGACUCGUGUGCGAAAUGCUUCCGUGUACCCUUGGCCAUUAGGCUGGCUGCAGACGAGGUCCAAGAGGAAUAACGUCAUAAAACGAUUGAAAGCAUUGCACUGGUAUGACAAGACUUUGGAUCAAGUUUUAGCUGAUGUUGAACAGUGUUGCAAUUCUUUGAGCCAACGUCUCGGCGAACGGGACUAUUUCUUUGGAACGCCAACAGAGUUAGACGCGCUGGUGUUCGGUCACGUGUUCACAAUAAUCACGACCCGCCUGCCGUGUCGCAAGCUGGCGGACAUUGUGCGCCGCCAUGACACUCUGGUGGCGCUCGCAAAACGCAUCGACGAGCACUACUUCAAGCGGCCAUAGCGCCACGUCUUCAAGGACAUAUCUACCGUGUUUAGAAGUCCUUGAACCCCCAUAUCUUCCCCCUUUACACUUUGAACUAGAUUCAGUCUUUAGAUAAUGCAAAAUUUACAUUAAUUCUGUUCAGCAAUCGAAUCUAGCAUUACAAAUUGGAAAAUGUAAUCCCAUACAGUGCAUUCCAGUGUAACUGUACUUUUUUCCAGUUCUAAUUCAGCUAUUGAUUGGACUGCUGGACUGGAUUUAUUAAUUUUAGUAUUUAAUUCGACGAACUUACUCUGAGUUUCAACGUAACAUGUUUAAGAAUAUUAUUCUUAUCUUUGUUUUUCUAAAGAUAAUGAAAGAGAUGGCAAUAUAGAGUUAUACA